AUGUUCUACAUCCCAUCAGCGCGGCGGUUCAUCUUACCAGCACUCGUCGUGCUGAUCGUGCUCAUACUUACCCACCUCUUCAUCCAAUACGAGCACCAGCCAUCCUGGUCCCGGACGAACCUGUGGCAAGCUGCGUUGCAGAGAUAUGUCACCCGCGGAGUGCACAUUCUACCAGGUCGGAACCAGACGCGGUCUGAAGAUGUCUUUGGCGCUUACGACUAUAGUGGCGGCCAUAUUCAACCCGACUCUGAGCAAGCCUUGUGGGCCGCCGUCUACAACGAAUUGACUUUUUCAGAUGUAUCGUUGGCGCAGCAGACCCUAUCCCAAACCCAUCACCAGGAGCAAGAAGUCUUCUUCCCAGCCGCGCAUCCUCGGCUAAAACCCUUCCUCACCUGUGAUUCGAAUGCCGUUAAUACAUAUACCUCACAUCUGCGUCUUUCUGCUAAAAUCCACAACAUCAACUUGACACUUGCGUUGUCGUCGACAUCCCAUGAUCCAAACAGUCGCUUUUUCAACCCAGCCAUCAUCCCACUGCCUCACUGGUCUACGUCCGGUGGCACCACGGCUAGCGCGAAGUACGUGCUCGUCUCUCGCCUUGUCACCACCGGCUUCCAUCAGGAGUCACACAUCUGCCUCGCGGACAUCUGUCUACCCGAUCACCACCUCAACCAGAGAUCUCCUGCAGCUUCGACAUCAAACACUUCGAGUCCCAAGCCGGCCAGCAAGAUCCUCCCACCCGACACAAGACCAUGCACCGCGCAAGACAGCUCAAUACUCGGCGCCCACGGCGGCAUGCGCUGCAUCACGGAGCCUGUCAAGAUCAACAUCCCGUCCACACCGGCCGAGCACUGCGAUGCAGCGUGGCUCGCGUUCCCAGAUAUUCCUGGGUUCCACGACCCACGGGUUUUUUGGAGUGGGAAAGGCGAGCCGUUGAUCCUCGUCAACAGCGCUAGUCGCUACGGCUGUGUGGGGUUAUGGGUCGUGGAUCUGAGACGCGUGUUUCCUGAUCUGGCUGCUGUGUUGAAGCCUCGGCGGCAGGGCCGGGGAGGACGAGAUGGCGAUCAUCAUCGCGCAGGUCAGAAUUUGCAUGAUGGGGUCAGUGGUAGCGCAGGUACAAUGUUGAUGAGUUAUCCUCAUCUCACGGAGAUCACGCGCAAUCCAAGAUCGAGUCGUGCGCUUGUCGAGAAGAAUUGGGUCAUGUGGUUUCCGAAUCAUGAGGAGGCUUACGUCCAAUACGACAUGAUGGGCAGCAAUACCCCACGUGAAGAAAUCAGCAUGAAUCAGACUUUGGGCAAGCGAACAUGGGCACAAACUCAUAAUGAUACAAUCAUCGAACCCAAUGCUGAUGGAAAGGGAAAGCAUCGAGGAGGCCGCACAUUCGCCAAACUUACAGGCAACGGCUUCACGACGCGCAACCUGACGUCUCCGCACGAACAGGCCUGCUUCACCGACGCCCACGGACGCGACAAGCUCGGAAACCGGGGCCACUGGCACCAAGGCUCGAACGCACUGCGGCUACUGCUGUGCACGCGCGCCGAGGCUCGUAGGGGCCAGUGCGACGAGGAAGACGCGGUCGACGACGGCAGAUCGCUGCAUUUCGCGGUCGUGCACCGCAAGUUCAGCAAUGCUAUUGAUCUGCCGUUGCGGUACGAGCGCUACAUGCUGCUCUGGGAGAGCAGGAAGCCGUUCAAAAUGCUCGGCGUGAGUCGCUUCCCGCUGUUGAUGCGUGAGGAGUGGGCGCGCCCGUGGUCCGUGGCGGAGAACUGGCCUGCUGCUGCUCCUGAGCGGACAUUGCAUAAUGAGAAUGAGAAGAAGUGGGGCAAUUGGACGCUGCAGGAUGAUGUUGGGAGGAAAGUCCGAUCGGAAGGUCGUGGACCCGGACACGGAGCAGGGUCUGGGAGUGGUGCUGAAGAGACCGAUGGCCGCAGAACUGAUUAUUUGUCCGAUGGCGACAAUAAUCAAGCAAGUUAUUUCACGUACACGCCUAGUCUCACGUGGGCGUGGAAACCACAGUCGGCGGGUUUGGGUGAAGAUGAUGAAGACGACGUCGAGUACAUGUCGCGUCUGGGCAUGGGAUAUCUGGGUGACGAAGUCAUUGUGGGCAUCGGGAUGGACGAUGUACAACAGGGAUUCGCCAAAGUCAAGGUCGAGGAUUUGCUACAGUGCCUGAGGCUUUGUCCUGGGGUGGAGAUCGCUGAGGAAGGAAAAAUUUAA